AUGGCUUUUGUCACCGUCAAUCUUCUCCAGGGUGUCAAGUCCCAUCUCUACACCUUGGCUCCUCCCUCUGGCGACCCCACCCUGGGGCUUCCCCAUGACUCUUUACCCAGAGCUACAGUGAGAGUAACACCAGACAGAUCUGUGUUCAUUGGAGAGACAGUCACUCUGAAGUGUGAGAUAGAGGAUCAGUACAGAUCAUUAAACUGGAGAUAUCUGUGGUAUAAAGACAGAACUAAAGUGAUUCAUUCUGAGCAUUACACUGUAAACAGAGACUCUCUCACUAUCAAUAAAGUUACUGAAUCUGAUCAGAAUAAGUACUGGUGUAGAGGAGAGAGAGAUGGACUACAAUCUUCCAAAUCAAGCUCUGCUGUUUAUCUCACUGUUAAGGCUUUACCCAGAGUUACAGUGAGAGUAACACCAGACAGAUCUGUGUUCACUGGAGAGACAGUCACUCUGAAGUGUGAGAUAGAGGAUCAGCAUAGACCAUUAAACUGGAGAUAUCUGUGGUAUAAAAACACAACUGAAGUGUUUUCCUCUGGGCGUUUUACUGUAAACAGAGACUCUCUCACUAUCACUGGAGUUACUGAAUCUGAUCAGGAUGAGUUCAGCUGUAGUGCAGAGAUACACAGACGACCACAGACUUCACUAUCAAGCUCAGCUGUUUAUCUCACUGUGAAGGCUUUACCCAGAGUUACAGUGAGAGUAACACCAGACAGAUCUGUGUUCACUGGAGAGACAGUCACUCUGAAGUGUGAGAUAGAGAAUCAGUACAGUUCAUUAAACUGGAGAUAUCGGUGGUCUAAUAGACAUACUUCAGUGUUUAACUCUGAGCGUUACACUGUAGACGGAGACGCUCUCACUAUCAAUGGAGUUACUGAAUCUGAUCAGAAUGAGUACUGGUGUAUAGGAGAGAUACACGGACGACCACAGACUUCACAAUCAAGCUCUGCUGUUAAUCUCACUGUGAAGGGAUCAAAACCCAAACUCACAUCAGAUAGUGUAGGAUCUGUACUGACAGAUAACACAGUGACUCUGAAGUGUGACAUUGAUCAUUGGUCUACUGGAUGGAAGUUUUACUGGUACAAACACACACAAAACACUGAGAAGACGACAACAGAAACAAACUCUUACACAAUCCACAGUGUUAAAGUUUCAGAUGGAGGUCAGUACUGGUGUAGAGCUGGAAGAGGAAACACAGGCUAUUACACAGACUACAGUGAUGGACUGUGGAUAAAUGUUACAGAUAGUCCUAAACCUGUAGUGAGCGUUGAUCCUGACAAACAGCUGUUCAGCGGAGAAACUGUUACUCUGAGAUGUGACAUACAGGAUACAGGAGACACUGAGUGGACAUACAGCUGGACUGCAGAGAAGACAAAUAACAGAAAUAUAAUCACACAAUGCAACACACAAGAGUGUAAAAUCAACAACAUUCAACACACUGCCAGUGGUAAAUACACCUGUAGAGGAAAGAUACGUAAACAAAACACUGAGAUGAGUGAUGCUGUUACACUGACUGUAUCAUCAGAUAAACCACAGACAGUUUUAAGUGUUUCUCCACAGCAGUGGUUGACUGAAGGAGAUUCAGUGACUCUGAUGUGUGAGGUUAUAAAUUCAUCUACAGGCUGGACAUUCAGCUGGUUCACUGUACAGAGUCUUUACUCAGUGAAUAAAUAUGAUUAUAAGCUGGUGUCAAACAGCAGUGGAGGAUCUAAAGGCAACUACACAGUGAAUUCAGUGACUGUGAAUCACACAGGAGUUUAUAUGUGCAGAGCAGAGAGAGGAGAUCCAGUCUAUCACACAGAGUACAGUAACACACAAACACUGUGGAUCACUGGUGUUUCUCCUUCAGUCUCUCUGAUCAUCAGACCCAACAGAUCUCAACACUUCUCAUCUGAAUCUCUCUCUCUGAGCUGUGAGGAUCACAGUAACUCGACUGGAUGGACAGUGAGAAGAUACACAGACAAACUAAACCCUUGUUUAUCAUCAGACUGGAGAUCUACAGGAACAACAUCUACAUGUACAAUCAGAUCUCUCUACACAUCUGAUACUGGAGUGUACUGGUGUCAGUCUGAAUCUGGAGAGAAACUUCAUCCUGUUAAUAUCUCAGUACACAAUGUUGAUGUGAUUCUGGAGAGUCCUGUUCAUCCUGUGACUGAAGGAGAUCCUCUGACUCUACGCUGUUUAUAUGGAUAUAAAAAACCCUCUAACCUGAGAGCUGAAUUUUAUAAAGAUGAAUCAGUGGUGCAGAAUCAGACUACAGGAGACAUGAUGAUCAUCCCUACAGUCUCAAAGUCACAUGAGGGUUUCUACUCCUGUAAACACCCAGAGAGAGGAGAGUCUCCAAAGAGCUGGAUCUCAGUCAGAGCCACAGGAUCUUCAUCUCUUGGUCUUAUUGUUGGUCUGUGUCUUGGACUGAGCUUAAUGUUUUUGAUCUUUUUCUUGGUCCUGCUGUGGUGCUACAAAAACAAAAAACUUUCUCAGUCUCCCUCAGCUGUCAGUCAAAAGCAGAACAUCAGUCAGACAUCAGAUCAGGAACAGCCUGAAGAUGUUUACAGUCCACUGCCAACUGACAGUGUAAGUGAAGCAGCUGAUCACACCUAUCUUAAUAUUAAACUGAAAUCUAAGAAAGAAAUGAAGAAAAAGAUGGAAGACAAGAAAGACGAUAAAGACACAGGUGCAGCAUUGUCUCAGGCUGGCCACAGUGAUGUCAUGUAUUCACAGGUCAACUUCAAGAAAAAUAAACUUAAGAGCAAAUGUAGAAACUACCAGAGGAGUAAAACUAAAGACUGA